AUGGCCGACGUCGAGUCCCUGUCCAGCGAGCAUGCAGCUAAGCUCGAACGUGCUGCUAGCAGCGGCCUCGCCACCACUAGCGCGGGCGCUGUACCCGCUUUUGCAGUACAACGCAGGCGGUUCAACGGCUCCUCGGACACCGAUGGGAGGCAAUCGGGCGCCAGGGCCAAUGCUUUCCGCAGCUCCCGGGAAUUCCAGCCCCGGGAAUACACCACAUACCUGUCGAACGCCUCAUCGUUUGCGGAGCUGGAACAACUCUUCGAACUGGGUCGCAGACACGACAUCAAUGCGAUCCACAUAGCAACGCUGUGGACGCGUCUAGCCAAGUUAGUCUCAGCCCCCGCUACAAGUACAAGCCCAGCCGCACCACGGGGGACCCGGGGCUCCUCAGACUCUACGGGGCCGGGUACGGCGGCGGCGGUAUCGCGCCCUGACCCGGCGGCACUUGCGGCGUUCGUGGGCUCGCUAGAAGCAGUUACGACGGCGGAGCAGUUGAUGGACAUGGCGCCGCGUGGCCUUGCUAAUGUGGUCUGGGCGGCUGCCAAGUUGAAGACCGAGGCGGUGGUAGCGGAAGGCAGUGGUCCGUCCAGCUUGAGUAGCAGUACCAGCAGCAGUAGUAGUGGUGGUGGUGGUGUUGAAGCAGGGCAGGCGACAGCAGCGGCGGCGGAGGGUGAGGCGAGCGCAAAGGGACAGCAGCAGCAGCAACGUUUAGGCGGGGUUGGCGCGGCGAAGGAGGAGGAGGAGGAGAUGGGCGGGGUGGAGGCGGGGGCAUCGGUUUCGGGGUUCCCGCCCGAGUCCGGUUCGCGGCGGCCGCGGACAUUGCGCAUCCGGGGCGGCAAAAAGGCACUCGCGGCGGCAGCGGCUGCCGCCGCUGCGGCGGCGGAGGCAGAGAGGCGGCUAUCUUCCACCGUGGUUUCGGAGGCGCUUCUGGAUGCCUGGGCGAUGGCGGCCGGCAGGAAGCUCUCGCUGUUCAACAUGCAGGACAUUUCUAACGUGGUGUGGGCGCUGGGCCGCCUGGGCUACCAGCCUCGUGGCUUGUUCAUGACGCAGCUGUCUAUCGCGGUGUUGAAGGAGCUCCCUCGCGCGGACCGUCCCCAGCAGAUCUCCAACGUGUUGCUGGGCCUGGCGCUGCUGCGCUUCACCCCCGCCAUCAAGGACUUCUGGCCGCCGGUGUGGGAGGCGGUGCAGCGGCUGGUGCUGGCCGAGCAGAAGGAAAACCCCGAUGUGCAGGGCGUCACCAACACGCUGUGGGCGCUGAGCCACCUGACCACGGAGUGCCCGAACUCCAUGCCGCCGGUGCCGUCGCAGCUGGUCAGCAAGGCCGUGUUCAGGGCCGUACAGUACGGUGAUCGCCUCAGUGGACAGCAGUGCCAGGACGUGUUCUUGUCGCUGCCGCGGCUGGGUUUCAAGCCCUCCGAGUACCAGGCCUCGAAGCUUCUGGCCCUGGCGCUGCGGGUGCUGCCCGGAUGCGACGGCCAGGCCCUGUCCACCAUCCUGGUGUCGCUGGUGCAGCUGCAGGUGCAGCCCUGGCACACCUGGAAAACCGCCGCGCUGGCGGCCUUCAAGCGGCUGCUACCGACCUGCAGCCCGGAGGCGCUGGCGCGCUUCGUCUUUGCGUGGGCCCACAUGCGCCUUCCGCCGCCUGCCUGGAUGCCGCAGAUAUGGGAGAAGCUGCAUCGCGAGGUGCAUGCCCUGACGUCCGUGGAUAUCGCCUUCGUGGUGCUGGGCGCCAACCAGCUGUUCGAGCGGCUGCCGAGGAGGGCAAAGGACGCGCCGCCGCCCCCGCCUGGCGAGAACGACGACGGCGAGCCCUCUACAUCUUCCUCAGCCUCCUCCUCCCCUUCCUCUUCUUCUGUUUCUGCAGCAGCCGCAACACCAGCAAUAACGGCUGCGCCGGCGGCGACAGCUGCCGCUGCGUCGCGGCGCCGCCGCAGCUUAAAAAAGGCCACCGCCGCCGCCGGCGGUGCAUUCUCUAAGGGUAUGAAGGGUCGGCUGCCUUCCCGUCAACUGCUGUUGGCGCUAAGGGAGCGGUGGGAGGCUGCGGGCCCGGAAGCGCAGCUGCGGGUGGUGUUUGCGUAUCGGGCCCUGGUACAAGAGUUUUUCGACGCGCUGGGCACUUCGGGGCGACUGGAGGAGGAGGAGGAGGAGGAGGAGAGUGCUCGUGGCUACUGCAAGUACAUGCUUACGGGGGCUGGGCCUUGCAGCGUCGAUGAUUUCAAGGCCCUCAUGGAGAAGUUCCUCGGCGAGCUCUGCGACAGCAUAGCCAGCGGAGCUACGGUGGAGAUCCCCUGA